CGGAAUUGGCCGUAUUCCCCUCCUCUGACCCUUUGUUUAUCCUUAUCGCAGAUGUAACACAGACGCUCCCCGCGGCGUGGCUCCAACAGCUAAAGCAAUGCGCUUUUAAACCUAACCACGUACCAUCCCUACACUGUCCGAUCCUUACGUUCCUUUUGCGUGUUGUUCUGAUAUCUUAGGACAAGCCCAUCGUUUUGUUUUCGCAUAGAAGCACUCUCCUUGAUCAUGGCGUCCAGUCUACCCUCCAAUGUUCACAUCUCCAAGCACCCUUGCCUCCGCGCAAAGCUGUCGCAACUGCGGUCCAAAUCUACCACUGCUCGCGACACCAAAACCCUCGUCCACGAUAUAGCUCUGCUGUUGGGUGCAGAGGCUCUUUCAAAACUGACAGUCGAACCAGCAGGGACGGAUGUGACACCCAUUGGAUACGAGUAUACCUUUGAGACCAUAGAUUGCAGCAAGAUCACCCUGGUUCCGAUCUUGCGAAGUGGACUUGGAAUGGUAGAAGCCGUUCAGACGAUCCUCCCUGAGCCUGUAUCCGUACACCACCUUGGACUGUUCCGCGAGAAAAUGACGCUGCAGCCUGUCGAAUACUACAACAACCUUCCUCAGUCAGAGCACGCUGUCGCGAAACUAGCCAUAAUCGUCGAUCCUAUCAUUGCAACAGGGCAGACCUGUCAAGCUGCGAUUCAGUCAUUGAAGGAAUGGGGUGUUGAGAAGAUCAUUGUGUUGAGUGUGCUAGGCGCCGUCCCUGGUGUAACAAGAGCUGCCGAAGAAUGGUCUGAGGGAACCGAGCUAUGGGUAGGAGGUCUUGACGACGGUUUGACCGACAAAGGCAUGAUUAAACCCGGACUGGGAGACAUUGGCGACCGUCUUUACCUCACGAUCGGGAAGUGAAAGGUGAUAUUUGGAUGUGUGGUGAACAAGUUGGUGUCG